AACAUUGUCAGGUUACUGUCAGUACUUACUCGAAGCAGAAAAACCAUAAAAUCCAACCCUAUUUUUCUUUUUUUUCUUUUUCUUUUUUUUUUUUAAAUAAAAAAAUCCAAAUUUCAAUUAUCAGAAAACUAAAACACACAAAACAGAACAACUACUUCCACUCCUCCUCCUCCUCCUCCUCCUUCCUCCUCCUUCUCCUUCCUCAUCUUCUCAUCUGUUUCUUGUUCUAAUAAUUUGAUCAAUAGCAACAGUUUCGCAUCAAGUUGUUCCGAAAUUGGAAGCUUCAAAUGCUAGAAAUGUGUUUCCGCUUUGUCUUGAAGCGUUUCCAGGAAGAUAGGUGUUUGGAGUGGAUGGAAGGCAGAACUGCAAACUAUCACAAGGUUGGUAAAUAUUAGCAACUGUAAUACUUCUAACGUGUACCAUUAUGGCGUCUGCCAGCCUUGGAAAUGGGGGAGUUGGAAGUUCUAGGUCUGUUAAUGGCUUCAAGAGUUCAUCAAGCUCAGUUGACUGGCUGGGGAGAGAGAUGUUUGAGAUGAGAUUGAGGGACAAGGCGGACCAUGAUGAAGACAGAGAUAGUGAACCAGAUAUAAUUGAUGGUGUGGGUACAGAAGCAGGACAUGUCAUAAGAACCACUAUUGGUGGUCGAAAUGGUCAAUCUAGACAGACAAUAAGUUAUAUAGCGGAGAAUGUGGUUGGAACUGGUUCUUUUGGUGUUGUCUUCCAAGCUAAAUGUCGGGAAACUGGAGAAAUUGUCGCUAUCAAGAAAGUUCUCCAAGACAAGCGCUACAAGAAUAGAGAGUUACAGAUUAUGCAGAUGUUGGAUCAUCCAAAUAUUGUUUCCCUUAAGAAUUGUUUCUUUUCAACAACUGAAAAGGAAGAGCUCUACCUAAAUCUGGUACUCGAAUAUGUUCCCGAAACUGUCAAUCGUAUUGCAAGGAGCUACAGCAGGAUCAACCAAAGAAUGCCUUUAAUAUAUGUUAAACUCUAUACCUAUCAGAUCUGUAGGGCACUUGCCUAUAUACACAAUUGCAUUGGUAUUUGUCACCGUGACAUCAAGCCUCAAAACUUACUGGUGAAUCCAAGCACGCAUCAACUGAAACUUUGUGAUUUUGGGAGUGCCAAAGUGCUGGUGAAAGGAGAACCCAAUGUCUCUUACAUCUGCUCAAGAUACUACCGUGCCCCAGAAUUGAUAUUUGGUGCUACUGAAUACACUACUGCCAUUGAUAUAUGGUCUACAGGUUGUGUGAUGGCUGAGUUGCUACUAGGGAAGCCUUUGUUUCCUGGUGAAAGUGGAGUUGACCAACUAGUUGAGAUCAUUAAGGUUUUGGGAACUCCAACAAGGGAGGAGAUAAAGUGCAUGAAUCCAAACUAUACCGAAUUUAAGUUUCCACAAAUAAAGCCUCACCCAUGGCACAAGGUCUUCCAAAAGUGUUUACCCCCAGAAGCAGUGGAUCUUGUCUGUAGGUUUUUCCAGUACUCUCCCAAUUUGAGAUGCACUGCUUUGGAAGCUUGUGUGCAUCCUUUCUUUGAUGAACUGAGGAAUCCAGAGACUCGCCUUCCCAAUGGCCGCCCUCUCCCUCCACUAUUUAAUUUUAAACCUCAAGAGCUGUCAGGCAUACCAGCAGACAUUGUCAAUCGACUUAUUCCAGACCAUGCUCGUAAGCAGAACUUAUUCAUGGCUUUGCACACCUAGCGCCUGUUCCAAAAUCUUUGCAUGUGCAGCGUCUUCUAUGCUAUAUUGUCUUGUAUCAACACAUUGUAAAAAUUCUCUGCUUUUGUCAUUGCCAUCUUCUUUCUUGUGAGAGAAUGUUGCAAAGAGGAGUUCUUUUAGGACAUUCUGGGAACCUGAGGUUUUGACUUUUGAGUUUGCUGUGCCUAAAGGUGUUUUUGUGGUUGUUUAUCUAAGACAACAAUAGAUCAUGAUGUAUAUUUAUAAAAGCUACUCUAUUAUGAGCGAUUUUAGUAAGGUGAAAUAUCUGAGAACAUAAUGUAUCUUCAA